CUCUCUCUCUCUCUCUCUCUCUCCAUUCAUGGCGUUCCUUCAAACCCACAUACCAGUUCUUGUAAACCUCCUAGGUUUUUUGAUCUUUCUCUCUCUUCCUGUCUCUCACUCCUUGACCAUCCAUGAUCUCCUCAGAACAAAAGGCUUACCGGCAGGUCUUCUUCCAAAGGAUGUCAAGUCCUACACACUCUCUGAAACUGGUCUUCUCGAGGUCUACCUUGAAGAACCAUGUUUAACCAAGUUCGAUACCAAUUCCUUCUACGAAAGCGUUGUAAGGGCUAACCUGACCUACGGUGAGCUUACUGAUGUUGAAGGUAUGUCUCAGGAAGAGCUUUUUCUGUGGUUACCCGUCAGAGACAUCAUUGUUGAUGAUCCAAAGUCCGGUCUCAUACUGUUUGACAUUGGGGUUGCUCAGAAACAGCUUUCUCUCUCUCUCUUUGAAGAUCCACCGGAUUGCAAACACCAAGGUGUUUUGAUGAAGAAUGCUAAGAGGGGCAAAGGCUUUGAAGCUCAAAGAUAGAAAUUGCCACUCAUGUUCAUCUACCCUUCUCUUUUAUUAAUGUAAAUUAGCUAUGUGUUCUUAGAUGUUGUUAGGGCUGCAAAAAUUUAGGAAUCAUAUCUCUCUAAAUCAGCUUAGGAGUACUAAUUUCAAUUUUUUUUUUUCCUUCAUUCCUAUCUCUUCUAAUCUCCAUAGAGUGGA